CAUCUAGUCCAUGCACGUUUGAGCUCAGACUACGAAAAUUUCCCAGCGAAUUGCGAAUUCUUGACACACGAAUCAAAUCUUUUACCGCUUCUUUUACUCAACAUCUCCCCAUCAUAUGCGUCAAGUAUAUAUGUAGACCCAACAGGCCUAGCGACAAAAACUUUCCACAGCGACAAACUUCCACAGCGACAUCUUUUUCUUGAUCAUUGACACGCAUCAUCAACAACAACCGCCAUCAUGUCCUCUACCCAAGCAACGCAACCAUUCCGCUUUCUGGAUCUACCUGGAGAGAUUCGAAACAACAUCUACGACCUUCUACUAUGCUCCUGGGAAGAUGAAGUCGAGCAAGACCCAAGCAUGAGCAGCAAGCUGAGCCGACGCAGCCCAAGCAACCCUUCAUCGUCACUUCUUCGCGCGAACAAGCAAAUUUACGCAGAAGCGUCAGACUACAUGAUUAAGCGCAACCAAUUCGUCCGCAUCACCUGCCGAGGUCUGGACUCCCGGAACCUGUUUCUCGGCGAAGGUAUCCCAGUAAUCACAACCGAUGCGCGCAAAGUGAGCCUUUUCGAUGGCCACGUCAUGCACAUCACGCUUUCCAAGCCUGUGUUUGCGCCAUCUCCAUUCCAGUUCUCUGAAUUCGAGAUCAUGAUGCUGCGAUCUGACUUGCCGAAGUUGUGCGAGCAGCUAGACAUUGAGAGCGUAAUGGCGGACGCGAACUCGACCACAAGCGAGCACGCCUCCAUCAACGCAAGCAUCAGGUUGAACUACGCGCACACUCGAUUCUUCACCCCAAAGAUCCAAGAGCGCCUGCUAGAGCCUAUUGCGUCAUCUCUCCGCGGUGUGCCCGAUAUCAAGAUCUCUGGAUUUGUCGAUGCAGCCCUUGUGGAUAGCGUGAGGAACCAGGUCGCACAGCCCCGCUGGACAGAGCCUGACGCGACAAUUGAGGAGAUCGGCACUGGUGUAGAUGUCGGCAAGCGCCAGUGGCAGCAAAACAACUUUUACUCUGCUUCCGAAUCAUGGGCUUAUGCGAUGCGCACUCUCGAGCGCAUGCGCCAUAGCUCCUCCUGGACUGGUCUGCAGAAGGCUGGUGGGGAGGACUUUGUGAACAAGACCGCCGAUCUCUACUUCACCCUGAACCUUUUCCACGCCCAGUUCCUGCAAGUGGACAUGGCCAAUGACCAAUCUCAAGGACCUCUUGUGCAGCGAAACGGUCGCGUUGCGAUCCAGCAUCUGCGCAAGUGCGAGACCGCGGCUGCACGUUUUGCGCAGCACGCCGGCGCUACAUGGACGCCGAGCAACCAGCAGUCGGCUAAAAUGCUGUUCCGUCAUGCGAGGUGCUUGAGGCUGAUGCGUGACACCGCCAACAGCGUCAGAGCCGUCACCCUCAUUGAGGAAGCUGCAGCGCUUGCACCCACAGACAUUGCGAUCCGAGAUGAGAAGGACGCGGUGUUGGCGUGGGAGGCUGAGCUCGAAGAAGCGCGCCGCUUGCUAGCAGAGCAGAGUCAGGCAUCGCACGUUGAGAGGAGGUCGAUUUGGUCAUCGGUCUGGGAUGCAGUUACCGAGCUGACAUCUUAAGCAAAAGUAGCAUAGCGAUCUUUCUAGUUUUGAUACCCAAUAUUUAUUUCACCAGCCGCUGAGCGAUACGUCGCCAGCUGUAAUUACUUCUAUCAAGAUUCCCCCAAUAUGCGUGUGUUUGAUCAUCGUUGAUAACUGGAAAGCCUGCGCUGGAUGUUGCAUGAGUGCGUGUGGCAGCCAGGGAAG